GUGAGUGCGUGUGUGCUCUGAGCUCGCUCACCACACUUUCUAUAUAAAAAAAAAAUAAAAAUACAAAAAAAACUCAAAACAUAAAAAAAUAUUUUAAAAAAAGAUUUUUUUUCUUUCUUUUUGUAACAAGUCAAUGAAGAAGGAGUAAAGACGGUCGAGGACUGACGGUAACGUACCCUAACGUGUCGACAUUUUUUUUUUUUUUUGAGUCGUUAGCUUUUUUUUCUCCCCCUUCCUUCGUUUGUCCGAUUUUAACGGUUGUUUUAACAAACUGAAGUCGAAUUGAACAUUUUUUGGCUCCAACCGACACAGUCAUCUGUGGUAUAUUAACGUUUACGUAUCGGCAUAAAAGGAACGAUACUGACCGUUAGCCAGUAAGACAUUCGCAACUUUUUUUUUUUUUUUCCCCGUUAAUAAACUCAAGCGUAGUCCGUUUAUAACGUCUAGUCUCAAAGGAGGGCGAGAGAAAGAAGAUGAACCCCAGCGCUCCCAGUUACCCCAUGGCCUCCCUGUAUGUCGGAGACCUGCAUCCAGAUGUGACCGAGGCCAUGCUGUAUGAGAAAUUCAGCCCAGCCGGAGCCAUCCUCUCAAUCCGGGUCUGUAGGGACAUGAUCACCCGGCGUUCCCUCGGUUACGCCUAUGUCAACUUCCAACAGCCAGCGGACGCUGAGCGUGCACUGGACACCAUGAACUUCGACGUGAUCAAAGGGCGGCCCGUACGCAUAAUGUGGUCGCAGCGUGAUCCGUCUCUGAGAAAAAGUGGUGUGGGAAACAUCUUCAUCAAGAAUCUUGAUAAGUCCAUUGACAACAAGGCUCUUUAUGACACCUUCUCUGCUUUUGGGAACAUCCUAUCCUGCAAGGUUGUUUGUGACGAGAAUGGCUCCAAAGGCUACGGUUUUGUGCAUUUUGAGACUCAGGAACCCGCUGAACGAGCCAUUGAAAAAAUGAAUGGCAUGCUGCUCAAUGAUAGAAAAGUCUUCGUUGGCCGCUUCAAGUCUCGUAAAGAACGUGAGGCUGAACUUGGCGCCCGGGCAAAGGAGUUCACUAAUGUUUACAUUAAAAACUUUGGCGACGAUAUGGACGAUGAGAAGUUGAGAGAGCUGUUUAGCAAAUAUGGAAAUGCACUGAGUACGCGGGUGAUGACUGAUGAGAGCGGGAAGUCCCGCGGCUUUGGCUUUGUCAGCUUUGAAAGACACGAAGAUGCACAGACGGCAGUGGAUGAAAUGAACGGAAAGGAUCUUAAUGGGAAGCCCAUCUACGUUUGCCGUGCUCAGAAGAAGGUCGAACGACAGACGGAGCUUAAGCGCAAAUUUGAGCAAAUGAAACAAGACCGUAUGACUCGCUACCAGGGUGUCAAUCUGUAUGUAAAGAACCUUGAUGAUGGGAUUGAUGAUGAACGUUUGCGAAAGGAGUUCUGCCUCUUUGGGAAUAUAACCAGUGCCAAGGUCAUGAUGGAAGGCGGUCGCAGCAAAGGCUUUGGAUUUGUCUGCUUCUCCUCACCAGAAGAGGCGACUAAAGCUGUUACAGAGAUGAAUGGGCGCAUCGUGGCCACCAAGCCACUGUACGUUGCUCUGGCCCAGAGAAAAGAGGAGCGUCAGGCCCACCUGACCAACCAGUAUAUGCAGCGUAUGGCCAGUGUGCGUGCAGUGCCAAAUCCUGUCAUCAACCCCUACCAGCCUGCGCCGCCCACAGGCUACUUCAUGGCUGCGAUACCUCAGGCCCAAAAUCGUGCUUCUUACUACCCAGCUGCUGGCCAGAUGGCUCCGCUCCGCCCAAGCCCACGCUGGACAACGCAGGGUGUCCGACCCCAACACUUUCAGAACAUGAGCGGUGCCAUGCGUGCGUCAGCUCCACGCCCUCCUCAGACCUUUGGUACCAUGCGGCCUGCUUCUCAGGUUCCCCGCAUGAUGUCUGCGCAGCGCGUCGCUGCUCAGACCAUGGCUCCCAGACCAGCCACUGCAGCUGCAGCAACAACCGCUUCUGUGCGUGGGGUCCCUCAGUACAAGUACGCUGCAGGAGUCCGCAACCCUCAGCAGCACAUCACCUCCCAACCACAAGUCCCCCUGCAGCAGCCUGCAGUCCAUGUUCAGGGACAGGAGCCUCUGACCGCCUCCAUGCUGGCAGCUGCGCCGCCACAGGAACAAAAGCAGAUGCUGGGUGAGCGUCUGUUUCCACUGAUCCAGAACAUGCAUCUCAGCCUGGCAGGCAAGAUAACCGGCAUGCUGCUGGAGAUUGACAACUCAGAGCUGCUUCACAUGCUGGAGUCCCCAGAGUCUCUCCGCUCCAAGGUGGAUGAGGCUGUGGCUGUGCUACAGGCCCACCAGGCUAAGGAGGCUGCUCAGAAGACUGUGACCAACUCCACUGCUGUCCCAGCUGUCUGAACCAAAGGAUUGGGGAACCCUGAGACAAGCUUCACAAAAA